AUGGCCUGCCUGUGCGACGAGGACCUCCACAUUAUCGGCAUCCAGGAGGCAAGGGCGCCUUGGGGCGUCCGCGAUGCAGGACGCGACGACGACGCCAGAUGCGCCAACGCCAACUGCUACCGCAUCAUCUCCAGCGGCCACAAAGGGUUCAACUACGGCUGCGAGCUGCACGUUCUACUCAGCAAGCCAUGCGGCAAGAGCGGCCAGAGGGAGCUCUACUUCAAACCCGACCAGUUUACAGUCAUCGUCAAGGACCCCGGGCUCCUUAUCGUUCGCGUUGCCGCCCCUGGCUUCAACCGCGUGCUUGCCGUUGCCCGCGCCCCGCACUCGAAGGCCCUCGCGACCGAGAAGGAUCGCUACUGGAAGAAACCCGCGGAGACCACCGAAAAGCACCAAACGAUCAUCAUCUUCUUCGACGCAAAUGCCAGGACAGGCAGCGUCACCAGCGCGGCCAUCGGCGACAAGGGCCUCAAGCAAUACGAGGACCCAAACGGACACCAUCUACAUGAACUUCUCCUGGCCAACCACCUGGCGGCCGCCAGCACCUUCGCCAGCCAUGGACCAGAGCACUACACUUGGCACUCGGGCAAGGACCCUCAUCGCAUCGACUACGUCAUCAUCCCCAAGGGCUACAUCGACUCUAUCGAAGAGUGUGCCGUGCUCUACGGCAUAGACAGCGGCCAGGACCCAGAGACCAAGGGCGACCACUACCCAGUCAAGCUGCAGCUUGCCUACCAGAUCGUCUCGUCCGUCACCAAAGGAGUCCCGAAGUUAGACGAGAGCAAGCUAGCCGACGAGGGAUGCCGCAAAAAGUUCAGCCAAAAACUCGACGAGGUCAAGCACCCCCCCUGGGACACCAACCUCAACGAACACCUCGCCAUAGUCGCCGAGAAGAUCACGGAGGCUGCGUGCGAGUGCUUCCGCUCCCACGGCCGCACUCCACACGCGCCCUACAUCACCAGGCUACGCUACACGGCCAAGCUCAUAGCGAAGGAAGCUCUCCUGCCCGCCCCCGCCGACGUGAGUGCCCUGGCCGAUCUCAGUGGCUGCGCGAAACUUGUGGUGGCCUCUAUCAUAUUCAGCACUCCCAGCCUAGCGACCUCUGUCGUGGAACCCGACGAAGUCAACGCCGUGCACAGCGCCCAGCACUACUUUGACGCCCUCGUUCAAUUUCUCAGGACGUCUAAGUCGAUCCUACAGAAGUGGAUCACGACAGACCGCGACGACUUCCUCGAGAGGGCCGCCAGCGAGAUGGGCACAGCGAUCGACGACCGCGCCCCCCGUUUAGAGGCCCUGUAUGCGAAGCGACUACUGGCCUUCGGUGGACGAAAGUCCAAGAAGCCACCGGCGCCCAUCAUCCGCGCCAACGACCACGGGAAGCCCCUCACGACGAAGAGCGAGAUCGCCGACCAUGCCCUGGCCUUCUACGGCAAAGUCGAGCAGGCUACAGCCACGGACGCAGAUGGGGUAGCAGCCGACUACAAUAAAUGGACCCGCCACGAAGGACCAGGACCUAAGAUCCAGAACAUAAUACCCAGGCACCAGCUGACCAGCCAGCUCGCCGCCGCCAAGCGAGGCCGCCGAGGCGGCCCCGAUCAGCUCACCGACGACAUGUCCAGAGCCGGCCCUGAAGGGAUGGCUCGUCUGCUCCGCCCCGUCCUAGUCAAGACCCACUUCGAGAGCACCGAGCCGAUCGCCGCCAAGGGCGGGUACUCCACUUACUUCCACAAGGGACAGGGGGCCAUGGGGCUCCAGAAAUCCUACCGCGGCAUGCUGCUCAACAACACCAUCGGCAAGAUGCACAGCAGCUUCCUCCGCUCCCGCGUGAAGGGCCUGCUACCCGAGCUCCUAGAAGCAACCCAGUGUGGCGCCCGACCCAAGAUGGCCACGGAUUUCAUCGCUCGCGCCAGUCUCGCUUUCAUCAGCGACUGCCAAAGGAGAUCAAGAUCAUGCAGCAUCGCCUUCCUGGACCUCAGGGAGGCCUUCCACUCCGUCAUCAGGGGAUUUUGUAUGCAAUUGCCGACCUCCGCCGACGAGCUUAACGAGCUCAUCGAACGAAUCGACAUUCCCGACUUCAUCAGACCAGCGCUAAAGAAACGACUUCAGCAGCCCGCCUACAACAACCAGCACAUCGACGACGAGCACCUCUGCCACAUGAUCGCAGAUCACCAUGCCACCAACUGGAUGGCAGCCAAGAGCGCAAGGCACUACCAGCUGCCUCGGACCAGCACCCGCCAUGGAGUGCCAUGCUCGGACGUAGCCUUCAACAUGCACUUCGCCAGCGUGCUGAGGGCAAUCGACCAGGCAGUCCGGGAGGAAGAGGCCCAUGGCCAGCAUAUACGCGGACGCGAGAGAGAGGCCUGCAGCGAGCCCCUCUUUUCACCGAGCCCUCACGAUGGAAGCGUGCUCAGGAACAUGUCUUUCGUCGGCGACCUCACAGACUACAACUCGACCGCGAACGCCAGCGAAUUGAUCAACGCGACCACUCUGGCAGCUGCCAGGCUCUGCGCAGCAGCGUUCCAGCAUGGCCUGAAGCCACGCCCUGACAAGACCAAGGCCAUCCUCAUGCACUACGGCGCGGGGGCCAAGAAGGAGAACCAGCGGAUCGUCAAGGGGGGCGUCGCAAACCCCGAAUUGGACGGACUUUCUAUGAAGGUGCAGCUAGUAAUGCAACAGACAGCCCUCGGUGCCAUCAUCUCGGCGGGCGGGGUCGUGGGGCCAGAACUCUGCCUAAGGGUCAACCGUGCGCUCGGUGCAGCCUGGCCUCUCGAGAAGCAGAUCCUUUGCCGCAAGAAGCUCUCGGAGAAAGCCAAGGUGAAGUACGUCCACUCGUUUUCGACCUCCUCGCUGACAUGCAGCCGCCAUGUCUGGAGCGACCUGGCCCUGAAAGACCUGGCGCACAUACCCGCCAAGUACGUGGGCCCAUGCCGUGUUGCAGCCUCGCUACCCAGGACCAACUCACCCGACCAGCACAUCUCCGAAGCCGAGGCAAUCGCCAAGACAGGAGUACCCGACUUCAUCACUCACCAGUCGACAGCGCGACUGCGAUACUUACCAAGACUCCUGAAUCAUGCUCCAGCCGUCCUGUUCCAGCUCCUCGACGGCCAGCGCCAACGAAAGGGCGCCUGGGGCCGCCAGCUCAAGAAAGACUUCGACUUCCUACGUACGUACUUACCAAGAGAGAGGUGGCCCAGCCAAACCCAGCACGACCGCGACAUCAUCAACUGGGCCCGACAGAAGCCGAAGCUAUUCACCAACGCAGUCAAGGCAGCUUUGGAGGCCUAA